GAACUAUUCAACAUCCAUAUCAUCACCGUCAUCAUCAUCUUAACCAAGUUUUAUUCAAUUCAUUCAUUCAUUCAUUUAUAAAAGAACACUUCACUCAUCCAUCCAUCCAUCCACUUUAUCAACCAAUCGAUCAUUUUAUUUUAUUCAAACCAAAAACAAAAAGAUACCAGAGUUUUUAUAUAAAAUAUAUUUAUCUACAUUCUUAAGCCUCUUUUUUUGAUUUUGGAUUCAUUUAUAACUUCGAAGACGUUCCAGUUGUCAAUCCAACCAAUCAAUCAAAUCGAAUAAGAACCUUCGAUUUUUUUUGGAUCCACUUGAAUUACAAUCAUUUCCAAGGUUUCAAUCAUUAACAUGAACUCAUUAGCAUUCCUCAUCUUACUCGGUACAUCCGCUGUUCGAGCUGGUGUCACACCUACCGCUCCUGGUCCAGGUCAAGUUUUCAACGAAGGAUCAGAUUGUACGAUCCAAUGGAACUUGGAUACUACCGGAAAAUGGACUAGCUUUUCCAUCGACCUCAAGACAGGCUCGAACCAAGCUAUGCAAUUGGUUACUAAUGUUGCUAGUGGUUUAGACGGUACUAAAGGUGCUACAAGUCAUUCAUGGAAAUGUCCGGAUGUGACUCCUAACUCUGCGAUUUAUUUCUACGAGUUCAGUCAAGCUGGUGAAUCCACUACCUGGACCACUCGAUUCACGAUUGCUUCAUCCAGCGGUGCUACUACUCCACCAACCGAGUCAACUCAACCAGAUGGAAAGAAAAUCCCAUGGGGAACCGGUAGCUUGGCUAAUGGAGCUACCCCUACUCCUUCUACAACCCCAUCGACUUCAGCUGCCAACACAUCUACUACUAUGAACACCACUACUGCUCAAAACACUACCGGCUAUAACACUACUGCUAAUCAAUCCACUGCCAAUACUACCGUGUCCCCUACACCUUCAGGUGCUACCACUUCUACCCCGGUAGUCGGCGGUGCUACCACCUCUACCUCUGCUGGUACAUCGUCAGUUGGUACAUCGUCAGUUGGUACAUCCAAGUCUGGAUCAAGCACACCAGGCUCAAGCGGUAUCGCUACAGGCUCUUCAGCACUAUCAAACACCACUGGUGGCGCCGCUACUACCAGUGGUGCCAGCUCGCUCCACGCUAUGGCCAGCUGUGUUACUCUUGCUACUGUUCUCUCAUUCACUUUGUCAGUCUUGGCUUGAGGAAACAUGUAUUGAUUGGUUGAGUCAACUUGAUUACACACACAAGCUCGUUUUUGUUCAGUGUUGAGGGCAAAGUAGGUUGAGAGAAAUUUUGAAGGAAACAACUUCACUCGAAAUUGGGCAUGAAUACCUUUUUGUUUUCUAAUUGACAUUUUCUACCAAGUCAUUUGCUUUUUUCUUUUUUUUGGUGGGUUUGUGAUAUCUACUCUGAUCAAGUGUAAACACCAAGAAUUUUUUCCUUCUCUUGUUUUUUUCCAUCUCAAACAAAUUCAAGAAACCAAAGAAAAACAACUCGAGAAAAGAAAAGAUAUGUGAUGCAUUGUAUCUAUGUCUUUUUUUUCCUUUUAAUUGUUUUUUUUCUUUUUUGUUUUUCUUUAACUACAACAUUUGUUUUUCUCUCUCUUUUUCUCUUUUUUUGACUUUCUCUGAUCUCUUUUGAGGUACGAGAGAUAUCAAUAUCUUUUUUUCGGUUCAUUGAUUGUGGGUUUGGGUUUUGAUUAUAUUUUGGAUGGAUGGAAGAUAUAUUGGUUUGAUUGAGAGGUACAUAUGAAUGGUUGAGAAAAGAGAGUUUUGAAGAGCAAGGAAUUGAGUCUGAUUGAUAGGAAUGUAUAUGAUUGCCGUUUUGCAAACGCACGCCC